AUGAUACCGUACAUGACUUCAUAUCUAAAUGCUUAUGGAGGUGACACUAGUUCGGAAGGAGAGUUGCUUUCCGAUGUUAUAAAGAGGCAGUCGCAAAUGAAGGAAGAAGAAAGCGAGGAGAGAGAAAGUGAAAUUAACGAAGAAAAUCAGAAGACGAGGAAGGACGAAAAUACUGUGUACGACUUUCUAUACAAGAGAUUACAACAAGAAGCGGAAGGCAAACCAAAAAGAAAGCGACUCACGCCGAACGUUUAUAUGAUACCAGGACCACAAGAACCUCUUCCUGGUCGUUCCCAUUUUGGUGACUAUUGGCCGGUCUUCCCCUUUCAUAAUCAAUUUUCUGGUGGCCUCGAUUUGGAUCCAGCAAUAUCUCGGCACAUCGGAGGAGAUCUGAAUAUCGCUGUUCCUUCGUGGGGUAUGAUGGAUAUAUACGGUCGCUUCUUCAACAGAAUUCAUGACACCACGACCAAAUUUGGUUACUUAAACUAUCCUGUGAAUAUGUUGGAUCUGGAAAAAGAAGAUUUUGUACGACUUAUGAGCGAUCCGUCGCUAUCGCACAACAGAAACGCUCAUCCUCGUCUGCCACUUGGAAAACUUGCGAGGACAUAUGUGCCCAUCAACUGUAAGCCACCGAUGUGCAAUCCAUAUCAUAUGAACUUUGGAUUUGGAAUGGAGCACGAUUAUGGAGGUAACGAUGGUGUUGAAGGUGACAUUGAUGUGCCAAUACCAAUUUCAAAAGGUGUCGCUUACAGAUUCCCCUUCUCUGGAAAAUAUUAUGGAUUCAGGGACAAUAUCACAGUUACCUAUGGACACAAUAUUGCUCCUGUUGAUCCAUUUGCAAGUCUUUUCGACUAUCAAAAGCAUCGCGAUCCUGCCUUGGCUAUUCCACGAGCAAGGAGGGACGUUUCUUCAUCCAAGAAGGUUUGGCUGAAUGAACCAGCUGCCGAUACAUACGAGGAACAUUUGGAAUCUGGUGGUAGAGUUGAUUUCGCAAACAGCCUUAACUCACAACGACAUCAACAAAUUCCUUAUCAAAUAGCCUUUCGACGAAACUUUGCAGAAGUUCCAUUCACAGAAAUUGAUCUCGGCUACGACAUUUACCAAAAUCAGAUGGUUCAAAAUAAUUUGGCGAUGUUGUGGCAGCAUAUGCUUCUCAAUUCAAAUUAUCUUUACGAACCUCCUCUGGAUAUUUAUUAUCACGAACCUACUUAUCUUUACUGA